CGCCUACAAUCCCCGGCAUGCCUCGCGCGGGCUCGGGCAAGCGUUUCCGGUUGGAGCCGCCGGCUGGUCGUAAACAUCCAGAUUCUGCUUGGAGUUCAGAUUGGGACCUCGGAGAAUCGAAUCACCCCAGCCCCACCAUGUCUCUCUCGGAGUGUUACAUCGCGGUGAAGCUAGCCGACCAACCCCUGGCUCCCAAAUCCAUCUUGCGUCUGCCGGAAAGCGAGCUGGGCGAGUGCCCGCUGGGGGGUUGCAGCAUCUCAUACCUGAAACAGCUCAUAACGGGAAAGUUACAGGAGUCCAUCCCUGACCCAGAGUUCAUUGAUCUGAUCUAUUGCGGGCGUAAACUGCGGGACGAACAAACCCUCGAAUUCUACGGGAUUCAAUCUGGCUCCACCAUCCACGUUCUCCGAAAAUCCUGGCCCGAACCGGAACAGAAACCAGAGCCAGUGGAUAAAAUGGCCGCCGUGCGGGAGUUCCGCGUCUUACACACCGCGCUGCACAGCAGCCCCGUCUUCAGGGAUUCGGUUUUCAAGAUGCUGGGCAAUAAGGAGUCUCUGGAUCAGAUCAUUGUCGCUACCCCAGGCCUCAGCAGUGAUCCGAUCGCUUUGGGGGUCCUGCAAGAUAAAGACCUGUUCUCUGUUUUUGCUGACCCAGCCAUGCUGGACACACUCAUCCCAAGCCAUCCCGCCUUGGUGAAUGCCAUCGUCCUGGUCCUUCAUUCUGUGGCAGGCAGUGCCCCGUUGCCCACCGCAGAGACCUCCUCGCGCAGCAGCAUGCCUUCCAGCUCCUACCGAGACAUGCCGGGAGGGUUCCUGUUUGAAGGUCUCUCUGAUGAUGAAGAUGACUUCCAUCAGAGCACAAGGACCACCCCAUCCAGUAGCACCUCUGGAUCCCGGCCAGCAUCUCUUGGCUACACAGGCGCAGCGGGGCCUCGGCCCAUCACUCAGAGCGAGUUGGCCACCGCCCUUGCCCUGGCCAGCACCCCGGAGAGCAGCUCACAUACCCCAACGCCUGGAACCCAGGGACAUUCAUCCGGCACAUCUCCCAUGUCCUCCAGCGUGCAGUCGGGAACACCCAUCACCAAUGACCUCUUCAGCCAGGCCUUGCAGCACGCCCUCCAGGCAUCAGGACAGCCUAACCUUCAGAGCCAGUGGCAGCCCCAGCUGCAGCAGCUGCGAGACAUGGGCAUCCAUGACGACGAGCUGAGCCUCCGCGCCCUGCAGGCCACCGGGGGGGACAUCCAGGCUGCCCUGGAGCUCAUCUUUGCAGGAGGAGCCCCUUAACCUCCGCCAGGCCUCCGAUCCCGUAGGAGGUGACGCGACGCAUGCGAUCUCUGCACCCCCAAGCCGGCCCUUCGACGCAUGUGGGUCCCCCCACCCCCAUUCCUCGGUGUGUUCCUUCUCCCUUUGCAUUGCGGGGUCCCAGAAUGUUGUGUCCCAUCUCCUUCUCCUUGACUCCAAACGAGGACCCUUUCAACAGGAGCUCUGAACAUCGGACUGCAGUUUGGCAAAACGGCUGCCUUAAGACGGGAACGUUCCAGGAUCUGGAUGUUAUUGCCUGCUCCAGAAAUGACUCAGCUCUGCCCCAUCCCUAAAAGGGCUCCUUGAUCAUUUGAAGAAUGCACUCAUUUCCCUCUCUUCCUUGUGGUGGUUUUUCUUCCUGCCCUGGCCAAGCUUCCCAAGUGGCUUGCUGGACUCUUAAACUGUGUCAUUAAAUCUGGUUUCCUCCAAA